AUGUAUCACGGGAUGGUCGCUCUGCUGAAGCGAGACAGAAGGAAGUUUGUGGAUAGGCGGGGAAUGGAAGAUGAAUUUCGUAGACGUGAAAGAGAACUUUGUGCGCUGCACAAGAGCGACAUAGAUGCCGUAAGGCACGCCGCGAAAAGAGACAUGGAUUUACUAUUGGCACGGCACGAGGAGCAGUUGAACCGAAUCCAGAAGGAAUCAGUGUCUAAGGUAGAGAAGCUCGCACAAGAGCAAACAACUCGAGACGAGCUAAUAGGAGAUCUUCGUGAGCAGUUGAAGGAAUCAAUGUCGAAGGUGGAGAAGCUCGUACAAGAACAGACAACUCGAGACGAGCUAAUAGGAGCUCUCCGGGAGCGGUUGAAGGAAUCAAUGUCGAAGGUAGAGAAGCUCGAGCUCUCCGGGAGCGGUUGA